GCUCUUUGGAGGUUUGAUCCGGGAUGUGAAGAGGAAAGCCCCGUGGUUCUGGAGCGACUUUCGGGAUGGCCUCAGCCUGCAGUGUCUGGCAUCCUUCCUCUUCCUCUACUGUGCCUGCAUGUCCCCCGUCAUCACCUUCGGGGGGCUGCUGGGGGAGGCAACCAAUGGCCACAUAAGUGCCAUGGAGUCGCUGCUGGGUGCAUCCAUGACAGGCGUGGUGUACUCCCUCUUUGCUGGCCAACCUCUCACCAUCCUCGGCAGCACGGGACCCGUCCUGGUGUUCGAGAAGAUCCUCUUCAAAUUCUGCAAGGACUACAGCCUCUCCUAUCUCUCCCUGCGGGCGUGCAUCGGGCUCUGGACCGCGGCCUUCUGCGUCAUGCUGGUGGCCACUGAUGCCAGCUGCUUGGUCUGCUACAUCACCCGCUUCACUGAAGAAGCCUUCGCCGCCCUCAUCUGCAUCAUCUUCAUCUACGAGGCUCUAGAGAAGCUGAGUCACCUGCGAGAGGUCUACCCUGUGCACAUGCACAGCGACCUCGACUUCCUCACCAUCUACUACUGUAAGUGUGAGGCACCGGCCCGGCCCAGCAACGAGACCCUGCGCUUCUGGGAGAGCAAGGAGGUCAACGCGUCUCGCGUCGCCUGGGCCAACCUGACGGUGUCCGAAUGUCGGUAUUUGCAUGGAGAGUUCCAAGGACCUGCCUGUGGGCAUGAUGGCCCCUACACACCUGAUGUCCUCUUCUGGUGCUGCAUCCUCUUCUUCUCCACCUUUGUCCUGUCGAGCUUGCUGAAGAAGUUUAAAACCAGCCGUUACUUCCCAACCAGAGUCCGGUCCACGAUCAGUGACUUUGCUGUUUUCCUCACCAUUGCCAUCAUGGUGCUCAUCGACUUCCUGAUUGGGAUCCCAUCACCGAAGCUCCACGUCCCCCACAUGUUCAAGCCUACCAGAGAUGACCGCGGGUGGUUCAUCAACCCCAUAGGACCCAAUCCUUGGUGGACGGUGCUGGCUGCGCUCAUCCCAGCUCUGCUCUGCACCAUCCUGAUAUUCAUGGACCAGCAGAUCACCGCUGUUAUUGUCAACAGGAACGAGCACAGGCUGAAGAAAGGAUGUGGGUACCACCUGGACCUUUUCAUGGUGGCCGUGAUGCUCGGGGUGUGCUCUGUGAUGGGGCUGCCCUGGUUUGUGGCUGCAACUGUCCUGUCCAUCACCCAUGUGAAUAGCCUCAAGGUGGAGUCUGCCUGCUCAGCUCCAGGAGAACAACCCAAAUUUCUGGGGAUACGAGAGCAGAGAGUCACUGGCUUGAUGAUCUUUGUGCUCAUGGGCUGCUCUGUCUUCUUCACAUCUGUGUUAAAGUUUGUACCAAUGCCUGUGCUUUAUGGUGUCUUUCUCUACAUGGGUGUGUCGUCGCUCAGAGGAAUCCAGUUCUUCGAUCGCUUGAAGCUGUUUUGGAUGCCGGCCAAACACCAGCCAGAUUUCAUCUACCUGCGGCACGUCCCCCUGCGGAAGGUGCAUUUCUUCACUGUGAUCCAGCUCAUCUGCCUCGUCCUGCUCUGGGCCAUCAAGGUGUCCCCUGCUGCCAUCAUCUUUCCCAUGAUGGUUUUGGCUCUUGUUUUUGUCCGGAAAGUGAUGGAUUUCUGCUUCUCGAAGAGAGAGCUCAGCUUUCUGGAUGACCUGAUGCCAGAAAGCAAGAAGAAGAAGUUGGAUGAUGCCAAAAAUGAAGCCAAAGAAGAAGAGGAGUCCCAGAAGAUGAUGGAAGCUGCUGCUGCAAAUUCAGUUCAGCUGAAACUGGGCAAGACCAGCAACAUGGAUAUUGCAAAGCAAAGCAGUGACAGACCUGAUCCUUCCGAGAUUAAUCUCUCAGAUGAAAUGUCCAAAACGACCGUUUGGAAGGCGCUCACCAUGAACACUGAAACAGCCUGA